UUAGUUAUUUAGAGUUAAUGGCGGAGCACGAUACACAUGCUCUGUUUCUGUGUAGUUUAAUUAAUUUGUUAGUUGAUAAGUUGUUGUGUUGUAUCGGCGGGCGCACAAAACCCAAUUGCCUUAAGGCAGGGUAAUUUUUAUUUCGAAUAAAAAAAAAGUCGAACAGCUGUCAAAUGCUGGAGGGCUGAUGUGGAAAGUGCGAAAUGUCCGAAUCUCGAGAAUUGAGGUUGACAGAUGAUGCUAAAUCGAAAUAAAUUAAUCCGCUGUUGAAGUUGGACUUUACAUGUGUGUGUUAAAUAAAUAGUGUGCUGUUUGAAAAAUUGCAUUAUGUUGAACGACGUGUCUAAAAGAUUACCAAAAAGUUCCGAAAGUACGGAGGCUGAUGUACGCGAAGAUGAGGAACAAGCCACCAAAUUUCAAGAGAUCAUUGACUUGCUCGUCGCAGCAGGCUACUUCAGAGCGCGGAUAAAGGGCUUGUCAAAUUUUGACAAGGUGGUCGGUGGUAUGACUUGGUGUAUAGAAUCAUGCAACUUUGAUGUAGACGUGGAUCUACUUUUCCAAGAGAAUCUCACGAUUGGUCAGAAAAUUUCUUUGACGGAGAAAAUUGUGGUCAUGCUUCUCAAAAUGAACUGUCCACACCGAAUAGAGCCACAUCAGAUACAAGGUUUAGACUGUAUCCAUAUAUUCCCAGUUAUUCAGUGGUUGGUAAAACGUUCUAUGGAAAUGCGACAGGAAAUGGCAGGCUUUGUGAGAUCUUUUGCGUUGAAUCAAUUUCAUAAAAAGCACUCGUUCAGUGAAGAUGCUGAGAUUGGAGCGACAGCCAACGAGAACGUCAUUAGGAAUUUACGUUUAGUCAAGAAAGCGUACGAACCGCGACGUUUGUUCAAGCAAAAGGAAGGUUUCAUCAAAGAUAAAUCAAGCAGAUUUAUUGGUACAGUAUUGGAAUAUGAAGCACUCUUUGAUGUUGUUAAAAAUACGACGACAACGUCCUCAGAAUCGAAAAGUAAUGAUCCAAAAUACGAAUCGAGUAACGAAAAGAGUGAAAAGAAUACUACUGAAGAGAUUACUGCUGCUCUGGCUAUCAUCGAAGAAAAUACGGCGCGUUUAAGCAUGAGCACGGUCGGAAACAUCGUUGGUAUACAGGCGCAAGAAAUCGCCAAAGUGGCAGAAAAAUAUGCAGCCAUGUCUACCUCUGAAACGGAGGAUAACGGAGUCACUGGCUCGUCCCGUGCUUUGAUCGCGUUGCAGAAGCAAAAAGCAACAUUGCAAUCUAAAGUUAACAAAUUGAGCAAAGAGAGAGACAACUUGUCGGAUAAACUUACUGAAACAGUGGAAAAGACGAAACAGCAUCGCGAAAAGAGAGAGGCCAUCGAGCGCUCGUUUAAAAAAAUUCAGGAAGUUAGAAUUAAUGAUAACGACAGUGUUUUCAAACGAUUAGAGGAGCUUCUCACAGUACUUGACGGAUUGAAAGAACAGGAACACAAUUUCCGAGAACACUGCAAGUCUGAUCUGAAUCUCUUUCGGGACAUGUUGCAAGAGAUUGAAGAUGGUGCUCCAGCGGAAGAGGAGGAUCGCGUUAAAGAGUACGAGGAGCAAAAGGAAGCUGUCGCGCGAAUGCGAUUGCAGCUGGCUAAAAAGAACAGAACCAUCGCCUCUUUGACUAGGCAAUUGGACGAUGUUCCUGGACGUUCUGAAUUGACGCAAUACCAACGGCGUUUCAUGGAACUCUACAAUCAAGUUUCUGCCAAGCAUAAGGAAACGAAGCAAUAUUACACGUUGUAUAAUACCAUGGAUGAUACGAAGCUGUAUCUGAGUAAGGAAUUGACGUUGCUAAAUUCCAUCCAAGAUAACUAUAACGAGGCUAUGGCAUCAGCAAGCGGCAAAGAACAAUUUUUGAAACAAUUCGAGAACAUUGUGGCCGGAGUAAAACGUAAUAAAGCCAUGGUGGAGAAACGGUGCGUCGAUGAGAAAAAUAGGCGAGACGCUCUUAGUCGGCAACUCGUCACGCUUGUGGAACAGCAACGUAAAUACGUUGCUGCAGUCAGACAGCUCACAAUCGAGUGUCGCAGAAAUGAAGCGUUGCUAGCUCAACUACGCGGUCCAUAGAUUCUGACUUCACAGAUACGAGCCAGGUGUGAGUCGGAUGGAAGUAAUCCCUCCGUCUAGGAGGAGGACAGGAGUAGGGAA